ACAAAGAUGGCGGAAGAGGAGAAGCAGUUUGAAGAAUUUGAGCAAAUAGAGUUUUUAAAGGACAGACAUGUUCGCUUUUUCCAGAGAACGCUUCAGGUGUUACCAGAGAGAUACGCAUCGAUGGAAACAACCAGGUUAACUAUCAUAUUUUUUGCACUGUCUGGUCUCGAUGUGCUGGAUUCCCUGGAUGUGAUUGACAGGAAAGCCAUGAUUGAGUCGAUAUACUCACUUCAAGUUCUGCCCACAGAGGAUAAAGCCAACUUAGAUCGUUGUGGGUUUCGAGGAUCAUCACAUAUUGGAAUUCCUUAUGGCACUAAGGGUCCAGGUGUGCUUCAUCCAUAUGAUAGUGGACACAUCGCCAUGACUUACACUGGGCUGUGCUCUCUUUUGAUACUGGGAGAUGACCUGAGUCGGGUUAACAAACAGGCCUUUUUGGCCGGUCUCAGAGCACUGCAACUGGAGGACGGCAGUUUUUACGCAGUGCCAGAGGGAAGCGAAAAUGAUGUCCGGUUUAUCUACUGUGCAGCUUGUAUCUGCUACAUUUUGGAUGACUGGUCGGGCAUGGACAUCCAAAAGGCCAUUGAGUACAUACGAGGAAGUUUGACGUAUGACAGUGGUUUUGCGCAGGGACCUGGAAGAGAAUCUCAUGGUGGGUGGACAUACUGUGCCAUUGCCUCACUGUGUCUGAUGGGCCGGUUGGAGGAGGCGCUGAGUCAGCGGGAGCUGGACAGGAUUGGGCGCUGGUGCAUCAUGAGGCAGCAAAGCGGUUUCCACGGGCGUCCCAACAAACCCGUAGACACAUGCUAUUCCUUCUGGGUGGGAGCAACGCUGGAGUUGUUAGAUAUAUUCCAGUUCACAAACUUUGAAAAGAACAGGAGCUUUAUCCUGUCCACGCAGGAUCGGUUGGUUGGUGGCUUCGCCAAAUGGCCAGACAGCCAUCCAGAUCCUCUCCAUGCAUACAUGGGCCUGUGUGGUCUAUCUCUACUAGGAGAGCCCAAUCUGAGGAAGGUUCACCCAGCUCUUAACAUCACGCAGAGAGCCUUUCAGCACCUCCAGCAGCUGCAGCAGACGUGGAGGGACAACACUGCCCGCUCUGGCCAACACUGACAGCAGGAUAACAGCGUUCUGGUUCUGAAAAGGUUCAAUAAUCAGGAACAUCUGACUCUUGCUGUGUUUUUUUAAACACAUUUGGCCAAUCGAGAAGCAUUUUUUUUUCUUCAUUUUUUAAUUCAAAAACUUUGCCGAUCACGUUUUAAGUUCAUCUAGAGUGGCCUUUCUGUUAAGCAAUACAUACCACAUCUCUUUGUUGCCUUUUUUAUUUUUACAUUUUUUUAAAUUUUUAUUCAUACGUAGUUGUCGAUGUGCAAUGUAGUUUGUGAGAAUACAAUGAUGUGCCAGAAAAGUCAAAUUAGUCACUGGAGACUUGAAGAAAUUCCAUAUACCUCCAUUUUGCUAAUGUUUAAUAUGAUGGCCUUGGUUUCCUGUGAAGAACCUCCCAGUCGAGGAUCGGCACAGCUGACCUUAACACAAGGACUCUUAAGGAAAUAGUUUCAUAUUGCUUUGGCAAAUCUGGUAUGUUUUAUUUCUUUUUUUUUUUUUUUUCCUGUUUCCCAAAUUAUUAUUUUUUUGUACAAAUGCAGUGAUAAUUAUUUGACCUACCAGAAACAGUAUAGUGCUCUUUUAUUUUUUCCUGUGCUGCCUUCCUAACCUUUUCUAUCUUUACAUUGCUGGUGAACACCUUAACCAAAGGUGAUAAAGGUUUACUCUUUGUUUUCACUCCUACAUCCUUGAGUUUCAUCACUGGAUAUUUUUUAGAGGACUAAAAUGAAAUUUAAAGAUGAAUUUGGCUAUAGGCCUCCUCAUAUCUGAUCGCAGAAAAUGCAUUUUUUCUGUAUUGUAAAAGCAGAAAAAUAUAGUAUUGUAUUUAAAGCUAAUAUAAAAGGGACUUGAGGAAGUAUCCCGUCUUUCCUGCAAGGCAGAAACAGUUGAUGUAUGCAGCAGAUAUCACCGUGACACCCUAGGGCCCCAGAGCUGAUCUGAUGUGAGCUUGUGCAGGAGCUUCGCUCCCUGAAAGAUACGAGCCAGCUGGAAAUCGAUAGGAGAAAGAGGAGACAAAGGCUUCAUAAGUGGAGGAAAUGUAUUCCUUGAACUGCAGUGGGAAUAUGUGUUAUUUUCAGUACAGAAAGGAUGCAAGGCAAAACAAAGAACAAUGAGAAUGAGUUUAGCACCAAGGGUCAGGAAACUGAUGUUUCACAUGAUCCUAACAGAUGCUCACCAUCAAGACUUCAGAAAGGUUGGUACAUUUGUGAUGAACCUCUGUGCUUUCCAUCACUGAAGAGCUACUGACUGGGGUAUCCACGGUAAUGCUCAGGCAUUAAAAGACACUUGCAGCUCAGUGAAAUUACUUUCCGAGCUACUACCCCAAGUUUGUGUGUAGCUCAUGUCACCCGUCACACUGACACAUGAGCAGAACUCGACUCGCGCUUCACAGUAGUUCUCUGAUUUCCAGCAACAUUCACAGAUUAAUCCAGCCCCCUACCGUAGCCACGCCUCUUCAUUAUGAGGCCACGGUCUGAGCAAACACCCGCUGCCUGAGAGGACGCGGCCCCACUGAGCAAAGGAAAUGCAGUCUCCUGUCUGCUGCACGUCACCUGCAGGACUUUACUGCUAAAGCCGUAGUUGUGACAGGAUACAGACGUCAUAUUAAACCUGGCCUCGUUUCCCUUCAUGACAAACUGCCCUCCAAGUUCAGACGCUGACAGACAGACGAAAGGAGAGAAGAUGCAAGAAGUGAAUGAAUAAAUCAUUUGAGCCAUCUAUUAUUAAAAAUAAACUGUCAGAGACUGGGUUCUCCUUUCUAAACCUGGACCAAAUCCCCAGGGAUUUAAAGGGUUGGUUGGAUACAAAAGAAAACAAAAAACAAGGCUCUUUUUUUUUUAAUUAAAAAAAAUCAAAUGCAUAGUUGUAUGCUGUUGCUUGAGCUGAGUCAGUGGGCACUGGUUUAAUUACUUAACAAUUUCCAAAAUGUUUAUGGAUGCAUUCUUGCAAUCUUGCUAGAUUUUUGAUUAAUGAACUAUAAUUUUGCAAUUGAUCAUACUCUGAUGCAGAUGCAGUCAAAGAAAAUGUGCUUUUUAAUUCUUUUGUUCUCUAACAUCCUUACACAAAAGUGAAUAAUUAUUGGUCCUGAAUCUUAAGUAAAUGCCAGCUAUCCUAUCUCGAAAAUGCACUAAAGAUACCGGCCCCUACUGCUACAAGAUCAAGUUAAAAAAUUAGAAUCUAAUCUCUUGUACAUAUUCAAGGGCGAUUUGAUUAUUUCCCAUUUGAUUCCCUCAGGCUGUGGUUUUCUUCUCUGGAAACUGCCUAAUAGACACAGCAAUACACCUUUCUAAAUUACCCUGGUAAUGUGCCUAAUGUAGAACAGUCUCUGCUCUCUAAAUGCUUCUAUUUUGAUUUUAUUUAUCUUUUUCUUCCCACACACAACGCAUGCUUAAAUUGGGUCUAACUUGGAUCUUUAUAUGUGGGUGAUUAAAUAUGAGUGCUGCUUAGUAGGACAGAGAGAAAUGUGUAUCCUAAAUGCAUGUCAGCAUUCAGGGAAGAGGUACGCGUGCUCCUCCUUCCCCUCCUACGCUGAAUUUGCUUACGCAGUCAGAUAUACGCUGACUGAAGAUGAUCAGACUCAUUAAGGUCGGAUCAAUAUUUUCCAGGAGGGACUGAUUUGAUGAGAAGAAGAAAAAUUAAAUAUUUGAUGGUGGGAUGGCUCUGCCGCUGACUGCAUAUGGAGAAUAUGCCUGAGCAGAUGUUUUAUGGCUGUGUAGUUGAAGCUCCCAGUCCCACAGCAUGAGGAAAAAGGGACUGCAGCUUUGCACUUGUAACAAAGCUGCAGUGAAAGCUGUGAAAGAUAUCCAGCGCAAUACCGCAUAUGAUCAAUCAAGAAAUCUUGCUCUUGUCAUCACACGUCAUAUAAUGAAAUGAUAAAUUAUGUAACAAUAAAUCGAAUGGAGUUUAUUUUUUCUAUGCUUUGUAGGAAUAUUAAGUGUAGAUAGAUGUAAAUGUCUAUAAAUAUGUGACUUCUCUUGUGCAAGUGCUCAAGAACAGGUGUUUACGUCAUUGAGGAGGUCUGAACUGGAGAUGUUAUGUGGUGUAUACUAGUACUUCAGCUUUGAAUCCGGAUGCAGUCAUGUUACAUUUAGCUUGGCACACAAACUGUACGGUAAAUAAAACCUACUAACUUUUA